CUUACACCUACUCAGCAUCUCUCUCUCACACUCUUUCUCUCACAGUCACAAUUCCAAACAUAAAAGGACUUCCUUGAAUUUUCAUUCAAUAUUAAUCCUACGCCUCUGAUCUCUCUCUGUCUGUCUCUCUCUCAAGGGUGCAUGAUUAAACAUGGAUAAGGAAGAUGGAAUUGUGGUGAUGAAAAGGGCGGAGAUUGAUACGAGGGCACCCUUCAGGUCUGUCAAAGAGGCCCUCACAUUGUUUGGAGACAAAGUUUUAGCUGGGGAGCUCUAUUCCAGCAAGCUCAGACAGGGUGGAGGUAGUGAAAAUGGAGGUAAUGGCCUUUCAAGGCUCGGAAAUGUUACAGCCGAGCUAGAGGAGACAAAACAAAGCCUCCAGAAAGCAAAAGAAGAACGCAUAAUUUUGGCAACUUGCCUCUCUUCUAUGAAGACAGAGCUUGAACGGACAAAGCUUCAACUCCAACAAUUGAAGGAACAUGAGUCCAACAAACAACCGAUGGAAAUUACAGAGUUUGAAGACAUCAAGUUUGUUGAAGACACUACGAAAUUUGAGGUCAAAAUACAAGACUCUGAUCACAAAGAAGAAGAAGAAAUGGAGUUUCAAAAGAAAAGAUAUGUGACUAAUUUUGCAAAUCCUCCCUCCUUCGCUCAAGUUUCGAUCCCACAAGUUGUUGAAAAACUUGAGAGGCACCCUUCUACCAAGAAGAAGAAGAAGAUCAACAUGCUGAUCCCUCUAAUCGGAGGGAUUUUUUCGAAGAAGAAAGGCAGCCCAGAAAUUGCAUUGCCUCGAGUUCCCUAAAUUGCAUUUCAAAUUACGGGACAAUAGUACAUAUUUUCGGUUCCCAAAAAUAAUAAUAAACUGUUUUUUUUUUUUUUUUGGUCCACUUUUCUUUCAAUUUCAUCAGCGAUUCUAGCCAGUAAAAGUUGACCUGGAAUGGAAGGAAAUUGUAACUUAAUUUGUGAGCAUAUAAUAUGUUCGAUAUCCAAUAAGAGAGCCAUGUGAUAAAAAGUAUUCUCCUUAAAAA